AAAGCGCACCUGUGUCCUCUCUUGUUACCUGCGCCGCUGAGUGUUGCUAAGUUACACAGACGCUAGACAAGAACACUUACUUCCGGGUUCUUCGACGCUGCUGUAUACAGUAUUUUGUGAGAGUUUAUAAUACAAUCAUCUGAACGCUCGUCUGAAUAAAGAUUAAAAUGGCUUUUAAAAAGAAGAGUUUUGUGCGAGAAGCUUCUCAUCAGAUCAUCGCAGGAGGAUCAGCAGGUCUGGUGGAGAUAUGUUUGAUGCAUCCACUGGAUGUGGUGAAGACCAGGUUCCAGAUUCAACGGGGAGCCAGUGACCCAAACAGCUACAAAGGACUUGGAGACUGCUUUAGGACCAUAUUUCGCAAUGAGGGAGUAUAUGGCUUUUACAAGGGAAUCCUGCCCCCGAUCCUUGCUGAGACGCCAAAGAGAGCAGUUAAGUUUUUUACCUUUGAGCAGUACAAGAAACUACUGAGCUUCACUCCCAUAUCUCCGGGUCUGGCUCUAUCCUUAGCUGGGCUUGGCUCAGGUUUAACUGAGGCUCUGGUGGUUAAUCCGUUUGAGGUAGUGAAAGUGAGUCUACAGGCCAACAGAGAUUCAUUCAGUGUGCAGCCCUCCACGUUUGUCCAGGCUCGAAUGAUUAUUAAUUCCGAUGGUUUUGGUCUGCGGGGGCUAAAUAAGGGCCUGACCUCCACCCUGGGGCGCCAUGGUGUCUUCAACAUGAUCUACUUUGGCUUCUACUUCAAUGUUAAAGAUGCUUUUCCUGCCAGUCAGGAUCCUCGUCUUGAAUUUAUGAGAAAGUUUGCCAUAGGUUUGCUGUCGGGAACCAUUUCAUCUUGUGUGAACAUCCCCUUUGACGUUGCUAAGAGCCGUAUCCAGGGUCCUCAACCAGUUCCAGGGACGAUAAAGUAUCGCAGCUGCUUUCAGACCAUGGGCCUGGUGUACCGUGAGGAGGGAUACCUUGCAUUGUACAAAGGACUGAUCCCGAAGAUCUUAAGGCUCGGACCAGGAGGUGCCAUCAUGCUUCUGGUGUAUGAAUAUGUGUCCGGCUGGCUACAAAGAAACUGGUGAUGAGAUUUGCCACUCAGCAAACAACACACUGGUCAUGUAAAAUAGCGAUCUCCCCUCAGAUCUACAUCAUUUUAACCUGUGCAAAAUACCAUACAUGAAACAUCUUUCAAACUCACUGCCAUUGUGUCAUACCGAUAUAAAAAUAAAGCAGCUAAUUAUCAACUGUUUAA